CUGUUUCCUCUGCUUCACCAACUUCUGAGGACGGCCCACGUGCGCACUCACACCAUCCCUCCUACGUCUAGUUAUUGAUUCGGGUCGCCGUACCUUGCGACCCAAAAUCCCUCAUAAUUUUCAGCAGCGGCAGCAGCAGUUCUGGCGGAGAGUUCAUGAGCUCGAAUGGGGCAGGAUCUCGGGGAGGCUCAUCCGCAGUGCUACGCGGUGGCAUGCUACAGCAAAAGGUCAUCGACUCACCGUCUUGGGAUGUGCGCAUGAAGCGUUGCGAAGUGGCCAAGGGAGAGCUCAACGAGCUGGUAAUGAACUACUUGAUCGUGGAGGGCUACCGGGAUGCCGCGGAGCACUUUGUGGAAGAGUCCGGAACCGACGCCAAGGUGGACCUCACUACCAUUGAGGAAAGGGUGGCGAUAAGGAAGGCGAUGAUGCAGGGGAACGUCGUGCAAGCCAUGAAGCUAGCGAACGACCUGGACCCUACCAUGCUGGACAGAGACAGAGAGCUUCGGUUCGGACUGUUGAAACAGCGUCUUCUCGAGCUGGUGCGGCGAGGAGACGCCAACGAGGCCCUUACCUUCGCGGCACAACACCUCGCGCCCGAGGGCGCGCGAGACCCGGCGAUUCUGCGGCAGAUUGAGGAGGCGGUCACGCUGCUAGCGUUCGAGGAUGCGGCUUCGUCUCCGCUAUCCGGACUCUUGGACAUGGAGCAGCGGCAUGCAGCGGCCGGGCGGCUCAACGCCGCUGUGCUGCAGAGUCAGCAGCAAGAGAAGGGGCCGUGGUUGCCUGAUCUGCUCCGACAGCUCGUCUACACACAGAACGCGCUGUCGGAGAGGGUGGAGUUCCCGCGAAUAGAAGGCAUAGGCGGGACCAAGGAGGGGGUCGGGGGGACGCGCAGUACUGGGGGUGGUUCGGCAGAGGGUCCUCGGUGACGGGGUACAUGCACGUGUCACGUCUUUGUGGGUAGAGCACAGGUCUUGCAUCCGUUUUCUGUUCGGAUGCCUCUGCUGUGCU